AUGAGACUCACUGAUGAUGUUGGUGAAUAUAAGCCCAGCUUACAAUACGAAUUUCAAACUCAGACUCAGGAUGUAAGUGAAUAUGGGCCCAGCUUACAAUACGAGUUUCAAACUCAGACUCAGGAUACUGAGCCCAGCUCACAAUACGAGUCUCAAACUCAGAUCCAGUAUGUAAGUGAGUUCGGGCCCAGCUCACAGUACGAGUCUCAAACUCAGACGCAGGAUUUUAGUGAAUAUGGGCCCAGCUCACAGUACGAGUCUCAAACUCAGACGCAGGAUUUUAGUGAAUAUGGGCCCAGCUCACAGUACGAGUCUCAAACUCAGACUCAGGAUUUUAGUGAAUAUGGGCCCAUCUCACUAUUUAAUUCUCAAACUCAUACUGACAAUGUUAGUGAAUAUGGGCCCAGCUCACAGUACGAGUCUCAUUCUCAGACUCAGGAUACCCAGGAUGUUACUGAAUAUGAGCCCAGCUCACAAUACGAGUCUCAAAGUCAGACCCAGGAUGUUACUGAAUAUGGGCCCAGAUCACAAUACGAGUCUCAAACUCAGACUAAGGAUGUUAGUGAAUAUUGGCCCAGCUCACAAUACGAGUCUCAAAGUCAGACUAAGGAUGUUAGUGAAUAUGGGCCCAGUCAACAAUACGAGUCUCAAAGUCAGACUUAG